CUUCCAAACCUCAUUUGCAUUAAUUCAUUUCCUUUUCUUUUUUCCCCAUCUUUUCUUUUUAUCAUUUCCCCCUUAUAAACUCACAUCUGAUUCUCCUUCUUCCUUCUCUUUCUUCUUUUUUUUGUUAAAAGACUGGAAAAAUCAUUGGAUUAGUCAGGUCAACAGGAAAGAGUAUCAACCAUGCCUCGGCCACGUCUUAAUGCCUUCGACUCAAGCGAACCACUUCUCCGAACUACCAAUGCUGCCAACGCUGCACGUAGACAUAUUACGGGAUUUUGGGAGGGAUUUGUCGAUUUUGCUUUCAAUGAUAAUGUGCUUCAUGUUGCUAUUGGUUUGAUAAUAGCGCAAUCCUUCACAGCUCUUAUAACCUCACUUGUCUCUUCCGUUCUCCUCCCACCACUUUCUCUCCUCCCUUUCCUAAACAAGAACCUUGAAGAGAAAUUUGCGGUUUUGAGGCCCGGUCCUCAUUAUGAUGGUAUGCUUCACAACCACACUGACAUCGGUGAUGGAAUUGGAGAGGGAGUGGAGGGAAACGCAACCAUGGUCGUGAAUAUGGGAAUGGAAUUUUUGUAUGGAGCAGGCUAUAAUACCUUGAAGCAGGCGAUAGAUGACGGGGCUAUUGUUUUGGCUUGGGGUUCUUUCCUAAACAAAGUGAUAAACUUCAUAGGCGUUGGUCUCGCUCUUUACGGCAUAGCAGGUCUCUACCAGUAUUUCAGUCAAGACAACGCUAUCAUCAAACACACCGUCCGUUGUAAAUAUUGUCGCAAGAAGAUUUUCGAGAAGGCACAACGCUGCGUAUUCUGCACCUCGUGGCAAGAUGGCCGCGAAGAUCUUCGCCCCGCUGCAGCUACUAUCUGAUGAUUUCUCUUCUUAUGCUUCUCCAUUCUCCUACCAUUCCAUUUUUGCUCGCUCCUAUGACCUACUCUCCGCCGCACUCUGCAACUUUGACGCAACCUCCAUACACCCUGUACAAAACUAAAUACACGACUAUACGACUACACGACUUUGCACCUACAUGCAUUAAAUCGCCCAACGAAAUUAAUGCAUUACACCAACAAUCAGAAUGAAAAUCAAAAGAAAUUAAACCCAAAUACACAAAACCAAAAUAGAGGCAAAGCAAAGCUUUGUAAUCUUACAUGUGUAUACAUAUCCCUACAUACCUACACAACUACACAACUACACACAUACAUACACACACACAAACAGCACAAAAAUCACACUCAAAUUGUAGCGAGGAGUUCAGGAAGACAAAUUGACCACAACCACAACCACAACCCACGGUGUUAAACAAGGGUACUUUCUAGGAGUCUGGGCGUUCUUAAAUUUGAAUUUGAAUUUGAAUUUCUUUCAUUUCGGGUAUUUGCUUUGAAGUCUAGAGUUUCCAAGGUUAUCUUUAAAUCUGGCUUUGAGAACCAAUUUGGGUAGAUUUCACUUACCUAGUUAUCCAAUUUCCGUUCGUUCGUUCGUUUGUAUGUUCAAAUUUCAAAUUUCAUAGCGAGGAGUUUUAUUUGCUUUCUGUUUGAUUCUUGGUUUGAAGAUUGUAGUCUUGCUUCUGAGAUUGGAUGGAAGAAGAAGAUGAAGAAGAGAGUAUAAACAAAGAAUGGUAAUAGAAGAUUUUAAAUUUUAGAUUUUAGAUUUAAGUUCAGAGUGAUAUGAU